UAUGGAAUUCAAAUUUUCACUGGUCUGAUCUGAUCGGAUUUGAACACAAUGCUCCCAUGAAAUAACACAAGUUUGUUUAAAGUUAGGCCGACUCAGUGAGUCAGACGCUGGCAUUGAGUAUUUCGCAAUAGAAAAAUUACAAAAUCUUUCAUGUUGGCAACAGUAGGGAUGUAGAAGACCUGAAUACGGGAUACCUAUGCUAUGUACUUCAGAGUUAGCAUACUUAUUAAAUAUAUAACACAAGAAAAAUUGAAUUUGCGUUUUGAUUAUGUCAAAGCAAAGUCAUUGUUCAUUAUUGACACAUCUGUCAAUUUGGUUGAUGGAAAUUAGCAGAAAUGCAACAUGGCGGAUGGACUUGGCUUGUACAUUCUUUAUUUGUGGACAGUCUACGUUGUAUUUCUUUUUAUUUUUAUCGUGAUUCCUGCUGCUUUGAACGUGUCAUUAGGAGUAAAGCGUUGGUACACAAGAUUUCUUGUUAAAGUAAUAAAGUAUGGAAGAAGCUCAAUGGAGUCAAAUAACGUAGCUCUCAUAGAGAAAGAUGUCGACGAUAGCAGUAAAAGCAACCAAAUUCCAAGAAAUCGAUCUCUUGCAACAUUCACACGUGAGUUCAAACUGACAGACGCAUGUGACUUCCUCAGAGGUGGCACAGAGGCAAUUAUAGAUGAUGAUGUCACAAAGAGGUUUACAGCAGAAGAAUUGGAAAAUUGGAAUCUUCUCAUGAGGAAUAACACAUCAAAAAGCAUGGGACUAAAAGUUACAAUUAUCUGGGCAAUUGGUUUGUUUGUACGAUAUGUAAUAUUUCUACCAGUGAGGCUAACCCUCGCUAUUAUUGGUGUGUUGUUUAUUGCUGUCACUGGUAGCUUAAUUGGCCUUAUGCCUGAAAAUAAUUUUAGGAAACUUCUAGCGCGAAAAUCAAUGCCCAUUGGCUUUCGUAUUCUCGCCCGCGGUUUGUCAGCGGUCAUCAAUUUUCACAACAGAGAAAAUAAAGCUAAAGGAGGGGGGACCUGUGUUGCCAACCAUACGUCACCAAUUGAUGCUAUUAUGUUAGCAUGCGAUGGUAAUUAUUCAUUGGUUGGACAGAGUCAAGGUGGACUUUUUGGUUUUAUGCAGAAAUCUUUGUCAAAAGCUCAAGAUCAUAUUUGGUUUGAGAGAUCUGAAAUGAAGGACAGGCUUGUUGUCGCCAGAAGGCUUCGUGAGCAUGUUGAAGACUCCGAAAAGGAUCCGAUAUUAAUUUUCCCCGAGGGAACUUGCAUAAAUAAUACUUCAGUUAUGAUGUUCAAGAAAGGAAGUUUUGAAAUUGGUGGGAUUAUAUAUCCUGUUGCUAUAAAGUAUGAUCCAUUGUUCUCAAAUGCCUUCUGGAAUUCAAGUCAAUACUCUCUGGUUCAUUAUCUCUUGGAUAUAAUGUCAAGUUGGGCUUUGGUUUGUGAUAUUUGGUAUUUACCCCCCGUACAGCGACAGGAGGGAGAAACGGCUAUUGAACUGGCCAAUAGAGUUAAAGCUGACAUUGCCAGACAGGGGGGUUUGGUCGAUUUAAUAUGGGAUGGACAAUUAAAACGAAGUAAAGUGAAACCAGAACUACGACAACAAAAGCAGGAAGAUUUUGCACAAAUGUUGAAAGUACAAUGAUAAGGACAUGUUAAAGAAUGAAGGGCGAAUUCUUCAGAGUUUAAAAGUUCAAUGUAAGUCGGACAUUUUAAAAAGAUACUGUUACCAUUGAAAAUUAAUAUAUUACUAUAUAUGGUCAACGUUAAUCAGUUAUAAACAUGAAUUUUUUUAUCGUGAAGAGUUCUCGAAACUUAAAUAUAUAUCAUGAAUGACACACUCACAUCUUGACGACAAUUUUAGUGAGAUUCAAUAUUUUGCAAUUUUUUUGUCUUCACCACGAGUCAUGUAUUGAGAGACAUUUUGUCAUUAGUUUGGUUGCUAACUAAUACGUGAUUGUAUUAAAUUGAUCCUUGUGGAAUUUA